CAAAGGAAAUGUGAACAUUUUACAGAGAUUUAACAAACUUUCCAGAAGUCUGUAAAUGGUUCAACUUUUCCAGUGAUACUGAUCUCUGUUGCUUUAUUCUGUUUCGUGUUUCGCUUCGUUUCCUUUUAAAUCAAACGUAUGAUCGCUUUAGCAUAAGUGGUGAACCAUUCGAUUAUUGACGGGCAAGUUGGACAACUCGCCCCCAAAACCUCGAGAAGUCGCUCAUAGAUGAUACAAAAAUAUCGAAGAGUGAACAAAAUCUCUGCGGAGCGGUAAGGAGGCGAGGACAGAACAAACGAGCAGCUUAAGUUUAUGCAACCUCUCAGUCUAAUUUUCCACGCCAGAAGUGACACGAAAGCUUGUGCAUAAAAUAAAUGACUGGCGGUAAUGAUUAAAAGCCCGAGUGGAAUGUAAGAUUGCUAAACACUUUAUAUCUUAGAUUUUGAACAAAAUGGACUAUCAAAUAUCAAGCAUUACUUAUGACGGAGAAUAGCAACGCUAUAUGCGUUUGUUCAAUUGAUUUCAUGCAUGCAUCAAUAACGGCUACGGUUGCUAAGCAGAAAUGAGGCAACAAACCCCCCACGCUAAAAGGUCUAUUGCUCAAAUUGUAAGUGCCAAUUGCUAUCUAACAGGUAACCGCUUUAAAACGGACACCAGGGGGUCUGUAGGUUCACUGUAUAAAUGUGGCCAGUAAGAUCAACCAAACCCACAAAGAUCGGUAGCCAUACAAGAAUUUGAAGCGCGUAAAAGCUCAUUGUUUGAUUUGGUAUAAGAGAUGGCAAAUUCCUCUAGCAAUAGUGCAGCAAAGGGAUACAAACAGAGCUCGCUUUCCGUACAAAAAGUGGACGGUGAAAUGUUCAUUCAAACGGAUGUUUGUCCUCAAGCUGGAGACACCAUCUUGGAUUUAGGCUGCGGUACUGGAGAGCUGUCUGCAUAUCUCGCUGAGCUUGUAGGACCCGAGGGAAAGGUUGUAGCUGUUGACCCUGACAAGGAGCGAAUUCUCCUGGCUCAGCGGUCUUAUGAUGAGGUCAAAAAUCUCUCAUUCGUGGAAGGAAGCGCUUCAAACUUCCCAGGGAUUGGUUCGGAGUCAUACGACAUUAUUUUCAGUAAUCAUGUCAUCCACUGGAUUCCAGACAAACAAGAAGUCUUCAAUAUUAUGUUUGCAAGUCUAAAACGUGGAGGAAAAUUAGCCAUUCAGUACAAUGAUUGUUUUCUGUCGUUUGAAAUGAGCGCUUACAAGGUUCUCAAUCCUGAGAACGCGCCACGUUUUCUUGAAAUGUGUCAAUUCGAACAUAGGGCCAAGAUAGAGGAAUACUGCUCCACCGCAGGAUUUCAUAUUGUUACGAGUUAUGAUACAUUUAGCAAGCAGCUGGUUUUCGAAAGCAUCGAGAGUCUUCUAAAUUGGAUAUUUUCUUGCUCACACGGUAUCUUUGAUCCUACCUUGGUCACUGAAGAGCGUUUACAGAGAUAUUAUCCGUACUCAAGCCGAGAUGGUAAACAACCUUUUGACUUUAGGGGAAUCAAAGAGGAAUCGAGUGUGUCUCGACUGAUAGCUGGAAAGCAAGUAGGAGAGGAACGAUGAAUACUUGCAUUCAUUAAGACCUUGCAUAUAAACUUAGACUGCAGGUAGUCCCUUUUUCGCUUAGUCCGUCGUACGUGACGCGAAAGAAAACCGCGAGAAAAAAAUGGCCGCGUGAAAUCCUGGGGGCGAGACCUGCGUGCAUCUCAACCCCAGGAGUUCGCGCGGCCAUUUUUUUCUCGCGGUUUUCUUUCGCGUCACGCACGACGGACUAAGCGAAAGAGGAACUACUCGUGGUCUAAUAUAAACCUAGCAUUGUGAACCGUGUCGAAGGUUAGAGGCUCACGUCACAUGUUGCACGGUGGGACUUCCAAAACAAAGCAACUCGUACCAGUCCACUUUGACCUGCCUUUGUUUUGGAAUUCCCACCGUGCAAGUUGUGUCUUAGCAUGUAUAUUUUGUACCAUGUGACCGGAUCGCGCGAAGGGCCCACUAGCUGAUUUGGGGUUCAGACAUCGUUCAGCUAUUUGCAUGAGUAUGCAUGUUUGAAUUAUCAUGCAUGUUUAAACAAAUACGUCAACACACUUGAAAAUUUACAAGAAGUAAACCUCUGACUUUAGCCGCUAGAAAUUACACUCAGCGCCGAAAAUAUGACCAAGCCACAAUUUGAAGUUUGAAUUAAAUUGCAAAUGUCAUAGUUGCUUUUACACACCGAAGAAAUAUGAGAAAAAUGAGUAAAAAAAUCAUGGAUUUACGCUUGAAAUAUGGUUAACAGUUGACCAUAUUUCGGCGUCUCGAGAAAAAAAAUAAAUUACAGCCAUAACAUCAUACUGUUACCUUAGUCAUCCGUGUGUGGCUUGGGCGGGUUGGCUCGGGCAAAAAAGAAAAUAAGGCAAUUAAAUACUUACCAAAGUGUUGCAACUAACCAAAAACGCAAAAACUCGAGGGAACAAUAGUAAAUUUUCCUAUACUUACGCCAUUUUCACGCCAUUUUCUACGUCAUGAAUUUCCACCAGACUCCAUCAUUUUCAAAUAUGCCCUUAGCCAAUCAACGUGUUCAAUACACUACACGUGACCUAUAGUUUCCUAUCCAGUCUCUUCUACUAUCCAUACUCUGUUUCAAAACGAAUCCCCAUGCAAAACCUAAUUUCAUGUAAAGACGAGUUUCAUUUGCAUUAUAUGAAAAAGAACCUUUAGGGGGAUCGCUUACUUGAGCACGCCACUAAUAAAUCACGAUAUUUUGCUCAACUUCGUCGAAAAAUUGUUAAUUAUUUUAGUCAGAGUACUUAUAUUUAUUCCCAGUAGAGUUGUGUAUAUUUAUCGUAGGCGACUGUGUUUCAGUAGGCUUUCAUUUUAUAUGCGUUCAGUUCAUUAUCGCUCAUAAAUAAAUAGCCCCAAUAACAGAUUCACGUUAGAACAUUUCAUUUUCUUUAAUGGUAACAGUUCGUUUGACGAUCUGUCUCAGUUGCACAUUACCUUACUGUUUUAAAAUUCGUUAUUUAUCUCAAUUUAAAAGAUAAUUCAGUAUUUUUAAUUUCUUCGGACGACCUAAUUACAACUUAACUUCAGUCCAGUUGCUAAAAUUCUUUAGCUAAACAUUUCUCUAAAUGAGUAUUUUUGUCAUUUCUUUUACAUUUUUUCCUUCCUUUUUAUUGGCCGAGAGCUCAUCAUGUAACCUGCAAAUAACUGCUUACAAACAAUGUCUGCUCAUGCGUAAUACCUUCUAAAAGGCCCCAUUAGGGGUUUUCAGGACACGGGAUAUUUGGAUAAAACAAUUAACUGGAUACAGGAUAAUUUUGGGGAAAACUUAUGGGAUAUGGGAUAUUUAGAUCAGAUAAAACGGGAAGUAAGUAGGAAAACCGUUAAUUUUUUUUUCUGCAAAAUUUUGGAAUUAAAGGAAUACGGCAUAUUUAGACCAAACAUUAACGGGAUGUGGGACACUCAGACACUCCCCCCCCCA